AAACAAUACUUCCAAGUAUCAACGACUGCCAUUUUCCAACUUGCCAACUUCGACUCAACAUGCUCAGUGCCCGUCGCUGCCUCACGCUACGCGUCAGACGUCCCGCUAUUGCCCCCAUCUCGGUCACCCUUCGACACCUUCACGUCACGAGGACCCUUCACGCGGCCGGGGACCUCGGCCACUUCAAGACGUACCCCAAGUCGGAUGCCCACUUCACGCAACAAGCCAAAGCUCCUUCACCCCCAACCGAGUGGGAGAAUCCGAUCCCCCAUGCCAUUUACACGGCCGAUGACGUCAACUCCAUCGAGGAAACCCACCGCGAUCCCAAGGAAACACAUGCCAAGGUGGCGCUGUUCGCGGUGCGUGUCUUGCGCGGGGGUUUCGACCUCGUGUCGCGCUACAAGGGACCCGGCGGGGGCAUGACGUCCACUGACUGGUUGAACCGGUGCCUGUUCCUAGAAACCGUGGCGGGAGUCCCCGGCAUGGUGGCUGGUAUGUCUCGGCACCUGCGGUCGCUGCGCACUAUGCAGCGCGACCAAGGGUGGAUCCAUACGCUGCUGGAAGAGGCGGAGAACGAGCGCAUGCAUUUGCUCAUCUUCAUGACGAUGAAGGCGCCGGGGCCACUGUUCCGGCUGUUCGUCGUGGGCGGCCAGGGCGUGUUCUUCAACAUGUUCUUCCUCACGUACUUGAUUUCGCCCAAAACGUGCCAUCGCUUCGUCGGGUACUUGGAGGAGGAGGCCGUGCACACGUACACGGCCAUGAUCGAAGACAUUGAAGCCGGCCACGUGGGCUCGUGGAAGACGGAGGUGGCGCCGGCCAUCGGUCGCAAGUACUACCACCUGGCCGAAGAUGCUACCGUGUUGGACAUGAUCAAGUGUGUCCGCGCCGACGAAGCUAACCAUCGCGAUGUCAACCACACGUUUGCCAACCUGGACGGCGAAAAGGACGUGAAUCCGUUUCUGCAUGCACAUUCAAAAUAGGCGAUGGACACAAGAAUUUAUAUAGAUUGAACGUUGAAUACUAUGUACAACGAGUGCA